CCACCCCCGGUCAAUAAUUUAGAUGCUGGAGGUCCACCCCUGCAGCACAUAGUCACCGAGCAGGCUGCUACCCCUCUGCGCGACAGGACGCCUAAAAACCCGCACCGGGUGCACCCCCCGCAGGGCCAUGCACCCAAAAACCAGGAGCCAGCAAAACGGAACCCAAGGAGCCCCAUCUGUCAGGAACCCCCCCGGCUCUCAGAGAGCCCAGCCCCGGGCCGCCAUGACAACAGAGUACCAGGAGAGGUUCCUGUCCCCCCAAGGACACAAGACCGCCACCACAAGCUCAACGCAGAAAGACCCGAACCCACCGAAGGGGACGAGUCCCGACACGGCCACUGUAAGAUCAUACUUUGUGACCCAUAAAUGGACAAAACACCCCCCAAAGGCCCCACAGCCAUCGUUGCCCCCUAAAGACAAGCGAUGCAGCUGCGCGCCACAAAAUCCUGCACACCUCGCAGCGACCCAGAUGGCAUCCAAGAUGGAGGACUACACAUCGGCGUACAACAGGGAUUUCCAAGCAUGGAAAGCCAUCAAGCGAAAGCCAUUUAAACUGGCUGACAGCUUGAAAGCCAGCGAAGGAUUAGGUACCACAGACAACAAAGAAGGCAACUCCCAUGAAGCCGAACCUUUUGAAAGCGUCACCAGCUACAGAUCUGAUUACGUCCCCCAUCUAGUGCAGCCCAGGACCCGCCUGAAGAAGCCCGUGUGCCAAACCAAAGGCCUGCCGGGUCAGGCUGCGGAGCCCUCGAAGCCGAAGGUGGCUCAGGGAGGAAAACAACAACUCUCCGACGAAGCCGUUGAAUUCUUUCGGCAGUUCAAGACCUGGACCCUUGAGAACAAGUUCCACGGCCAAGGCAAAGCCAAGAAAUCCAGUCCACCGGAAGAUCAAGACGUCUUCCUCUCCACAGCACGCGCAGACUACACGACCCACACGUGCCAGCGACCCAAACCCUUCCUGCCGUCUAAGCAAAACUUCGAGAAAAGCACGGGUCCCUUUCAGAAGACCACCACCAUGACGGAGGAUUACAGAAUAUGGGACGCGCCGCGGCGCCUCCCCAUUGUCCCUAAAGGUGCAAUGGACUGGCCCGGGAGCCUCCGUCCCAAAGUCACCGAGCCUGCAGUCUGUCACUCCAACUGUGUUAACCACACCCAGGUUUCCGGCUCGGAUGCCCUCUCCCAUGGGAAGGAAGAGUCCAGGAUGUACUGGGCCACCUCUCUGGACAAAGGGGUGACCUGGGCCGACGGUGGAGUAUGUGAGGACCCCCCUCACCAAAUCCUCGGCUGCAUGGUUCUAAGCAGAAGCUAGAGGCCGGGCUGAUUCUGCCUUCACACCAAUAAAAAGCAAUAAACAGUGCUGAGA